CUCUGAUGCACUGUCCCUUGUCAGCAUCUUCUGGGAAAGAGUUUUCCCACAGAGAGAGAGAGAGAGAGAGAGAGAGAGUCUGAAACCUUCCCUGUUUCGAGAGCCUGGAAGUUUUUAGUGCCCUGUUUCUAUCGCUUGCUCUGUUCUUCUCUGUUUUGCAGGUGACUUUUAGUAAAAUGCAAAGCUUUGCAUGUUCCAUGGAAUAUAGUUUUCCAGGGAAAUGAUAUGAGACUCCAUUUAGUUUGAAGGAUUAUAAAAGGUAUCGAAGCUAACAACGGGAAGUUUCCAAUGUCGUCUUCGCUUAGUAGGGACCUCAUCUUCCUGAUAUUGCAGUUCCUCGAUGAGGAAAAGUUCAAGGGUACCCUUCAUAAGCUUGAGCAAGAAUCAGGAAUGCUCUUUAACCUCAAGUACUUUGAGGAGAUGGUGGUUAGCGGGAACUGGGAUGAGAUAGAGAGGUACCUUUUGGGGUUCACCAAGCUGGAUGAUAACCGGCAUUCUAUGAAGAUAUUUUUCGAAAUACGAAAGCAAAAGUACCUUGAGGCUUUGGAUGAGCUGGAUCGCAGCAAGGCUGUAGAUAUUCUCGCCAAGGAUCUGAAAGUUUUUGCCUCUUUCAAUGAAGAAUUGUUCAGGGAAAUGACUAUGCUCCUUACACUAGAUAAUUUUAGGGAAAAUGAGCAACUCUAUAAUUAUAAAGAUUCAAAAACAGCAAGAGCAAUCAUGUUGAUUGAGCUCAAGAAGCUUUUUGAGGCAAAUCCCCUUUUCCGUGAUAAGUUGCAGUUCCCAAACGUUAGAGGUUCAAGAUUAAGGAUGCUCAUUAACCAGAGCUUGAAUUGGCAGCAUUCACUUUGCCCAAAUCCUAGACAGAAUCCUGAUAUAAGAACCCUCUUUGUGGAUCACAGUUGUAAAAAUUCCAAUGAUUCACUUGCACAACUAGCUGCAAGCAACCAGUUGAUAGGUUCCCCAACAAAAAUUGAAGGUUUUCUUCCAUUGGGAGCAAAUGUGCCAUUGCAACCCACAUCAGUAGAACUUCAAACACCUCUCACCACAUGGAUGUCUAAUCUGUCAACCCGAACUCAUUCAGCAGUUUCUGGUGGUGGUAUUGAUUUUGGGAGGGUAACAAAUCCAGCUGCAAUUUCAAAUGGUCGUGGGAAUUCUGAUGAAAUGUACAAAACAAGGUUCUCUGGGGUUUCAGACAGGGUAAUGUUUCCAGUAACCAAUCCUGGUCAAAGUCAGAGUGUGAUGUUUAACUCAACCGAUGAGUUGCCCAAGACUGUAGCACGAACAUUGAACCAGGGAUCGAUUCCCACGAGUAUGGAUUUUCAUCCCAUUCAACAGACACUUCUUCUAGUUGGAACCAAUGUGGGGAGCAUAAGUUUGUGGGAAGUUAGUUCCAGGGAGAAGUUGGUUUCAAGAAAUUUUCAGGUAUGGAAUAUCGGAGCAAGUUCAAUGAUAUUAAAGGCAACUCUAAUCAAAGAUCCGUGUGUCUUGGUUAAGCGUAUAGUAUGGAGCCCUGAUGGUUCUUUAUUUGGAGUUGCAUAUUCUAAACACAUGAUGCAGCUAUAUACUUAUCAAGGUGGGAAUGACAUCCGCCAGCAUUUGGAGAUUGACGCUCAUGUUGGUAGUGUGAAUGACAUUGCCUUCUGUUAUCCUACUAAGCAACUCUCUGUUAUUACUUGCGGUGAUGACAAGAUCAUCAAGGUGUGGGAUGUGGCUACUGGUGCCAAGAUGUUUAAUUUUGAAGGUCACAACGCUCCUGUUCUUUCUGUGUGCCCUCACUGCAAAGAAAAUGUUCACUUUAUCUUUUCAACAUCGGUGGAUGGAAAGAUAAGAGCAUGGCUGUAUGACAAUAUGGGAUAUAGGGUUGAUUAUGAUGCUCCAGGCCGCUCAUGCACUACGAUGGCUUAUAGUGCUGAUGGGAAAAGGCUCUUCUCUUGUGGAACCAAUAAAGAUGGUGAGUCGCACAUUGUUGAGUGGAAUGAAAAUGAGGGUCUUGUAAAGAGAAGCUACCUAGGAUUUCAUAAACGCUCGCAGGGAAUUGUUCAAUUUGAUACAGCAAAGAACCGGUUCUUGGCUGUUGGUGAUGACUAUUCAGUUAAAUUUUGGGAUAUGGACAAUGUCAAUCUUCUGACAAGUAUUGAUGCUGAGGGUGGCCUACCAGCAAGUCCACGUGUCCGUUUCAACAAGGAGGGUACUUUAUUGGCUGUUUCGGCAAAUGAUAACAGAAUAAAAAUCUUAGCAACGGUUGAUGGUCUCCAGUUGAUGCGAACUUAUGAUCGACAUUCUCUUCUUGCAGGAAGUACAUCUGAGACGGUAACAAAGAAUGGAGACACAAGAAACAUGGUGGACGUGGAACCUAAAUUAGCAGAUGAAGUCAGCCUAACAAAGAUUUGGAAGCUCACUGAAAUUAGUGAACCUGCUCAGUUUAGGUUAUUGAGGCUCUCAGCUCCAGUCAAAGCAGACAAGAUCUCAAGGCUUAUUUAUACUAAAUCAGGUACGGCGAUUUUGGCAUUAGCAACAAAUGCGAUCCAUCUACUCUGGAAGUGGCCACGAAGUGACCUCAAUUCAAGUGGCAAGGCAACGACCAAGGUUACUCCUCAAUUAGUACAACAAUCAUCGGGUAUGACAAUGACCAAUGAUUUAACUGAGGCAAAACCUGAUGAGGCUCUAUCAUGUUUUGCCUUGUCCAAGAAUGAUUCUUAUGUCAUGUCAGCAUCUGGAGGAAAAAUUUCUCUGUUCAACAUGAUGACAUUUAAGAUCAUGACAACAUUCAUGUCUCCACCACCUGCGGCAACAUAUCUUGCUUUUCACCCUCAUGACAACAAUAUAAUGGCCAUUGGAAUGGAGGACUCCACAAUUCUCAUAUAUAAUGUCCGCUUAGAUAAGGUUAUGACCAACCUUAAGGGUCACUCUAAAAAAAUAACAGGCCUUGCCUUCUCACACGUGUUAAGCGUACUUGUUUCUUCUGGAGCAGAUGAUCAGAUUAACGUGUGGAACUCUGAUAGGUGGGAAAGACAAAAUAACAGUUUCUUGCAGAUUCCAUCUGGGAGGGCAUCCACGGUAGUUUCAGACACCCAAGUUCAAUUUCACCUGGAUCAUAUACACUUCCUUGCUGUACAUAGGACUCAACUUGCCAUAUACGAAACAAAGAAACUUGAAUGUGUGAAGCAGUGGAUUGUAAAAGAAUCUUCAGCGCCUAUCUGCCAUGCAAUAUUCUCUUGUGAUAGCCAGUUAAUUUAUGCCAGCUAUUUGGAUGGAACUGUGCGUGUAUUUGGUGCUUCAAAUCUCCAGUUACAAUGUCAGAUUAAUCCCACUGCUUAUCUUCCAUUUGAUGUCAGUUCUUCAGUAUACCCUCUUGUGGUUGCUGCACAUCCACAAGAACCAAACCAGUUUGCCAUAGGACUAACGGAUGGAAGGGUUCAUGUAUUGGAGCCACUUGAAUCUGAAGGCAAAUGGGGUGUGCCCCCACCUGUUGACAAUGGAUCACCAAGUUGCAUUUCUAUUGCCUCUACACUAGCUGCUUCAGGUUUGGUUCAACCCCAGAGCUGAUGGACCACCCAGAACAAUUUGCCUGGCCUGUUGCUUAUCUUAAUUUAUCAGACUAUGUCCUCUUAUUGUGGUUAAUUUUAGUAUCAGUUAUCAGGUUAUGUCUACCUACCUAUCAAAAAAGGUUGUGUGGUAUGCUGUAAAGACGUGUUGCAGUUUGUACGCUUCUUUCUUAAAAGAGUUAAAUCUUAUGUUUGAUGUAUCAA